AUGGGACCAACUUGCUAUGAAGAUAUAAAAUAUGUGAGUGGAAAGCUUCAGGAUAGUUUUAAGGAUGCAUGUUUUGAAAUGAGAUUUCUUAAUGAUGACAAGGAAUAUGUUGCAGCUAUAAAUGAGGCAAAGGAUUGUGGUUCUAGUCAUUUUUUGAGAAAGUUAUUUGUUACUAUGCUACUAUUCAGUACCAUCAAUAGACCACGUCAGAAAAAAAUUAUUCUUAUUGUUGGUUCAAGUGGGAUAGCUUCAUUAUUAUUACCAGGUGGAAGAACAACCCACUCAAAGUUCAAAAUGCCUGUGCCAACACUUGACAACUCUACUUGCAACAUUGACAAAGACACCAAACAUUCACAGUUAUUUGAAGCAACUAAUGUGAUAAUAUGGGAUGAAGCACCCAUGUCUCAUAAGAACUGCUUUAAGGCAUUGGAUAAAACCCUUAAAGAUGUCAUGAGCAAAAAGAAUAUGCAGAAUACAAUUUUUGGUGGCAAAGUUGUUGUUUUUGGAGGAGAUUUUAGACAGAUUCUUCCUGUUGUUCCAAGAGUAGAUUUUAAAUGUGGGGAUGGAAAAAUUUGUGAAUCAAAUGAUGGUUUGGUUGAUAUAGAAGUUCCUCAUGAGCUAUUAAUAUCAAGUUUUGAUGAUCCUAUAAGGGCUAUUGUUAAUAACACAUAUUCCAAUCUAUUGGAAAAUUAUAAAGAUGUUGCAUUCUUACAAGGAAAAACUAUUCUUGCUUCAACCAUUGAAAUAAUGGACAAAAUCAAUCAUUAUGUAUUAGACUUGAUUCUAGGACAAGAGAAAGAGUAUAUGAGUUUCGAUUCAAUUGAUAGAAAUUAUAUAAGUUAUAGUGAAACUUAUGAAGUGCUAAAUCCAUAA